AUGGCGCUCACGCAGCCGAAGAUAGAUUCACUGUCUUUUGAGCAACAUUCAACUGGAUUUGGAAUCGGGAUAUCCAGUCCUCGCAUUUCGUGGACGUUCGCGACUGACGAGAACACACGCGACUGGGAACAAACGGAAUAUGACAUUGAGAUAGCCCACGAUAAAUCUUUCAAAUCAGAGUCUUAUCAUGUCAUCAGCUCUGACUCGGUUCUUGUGCCUUGGCCGAGUCAUCCAUUGGAAUCCCGCGGGAUAGCCCAUGUCCGAGUUCGCUCGUAUGGCGGGUUGGUACCAGCGUCGACUGAAUGGUCUCGCUGGAUGACUGUUGAAUGCGGCUUGCUAGACAAGCAAGACUGGACAGCGCGAGCCAUAACUGGCGAGGCGAAACAGCCCGAAGGCCCUUUGCGGCCAAUCCGCUUUCGAAAGACCUUUUCACUCCCUCAUGGUCCAAUGCAACGAGCUCGCCUUUACAUCACCAGCCUGGGCGUUUUUCAGGCUUACAUCAACGGUGCCCCAGUGGGAGACCAUUUCAUGGCCCCUGGCUGGACGAGUUACCACCAUCGCUUGAAUUACGAGGUUUUUGAUGUCUCGUCUCUUUUGCGCCAGGGAGAGUCAAACACGAUCGCAGUCGAGGUCGCCGAAGGUUGGUAUGCAACUCGGCUUGGAUUUCUCGGAGGUCGUCGAUAUCUAUAUGGCGAUGAGAUGGCUCUGAUAGCCCAGCUCGAAGUCGAAUCCGCAACGGGUAUUGAGCUUGUCGCCGCAUCGGAUUCAACCUGGAAAAGUCACCAAUCUGCGAUUAUCAGCAGUGAGAUAUAUGACGGAGAGAUCUACAAUGCGUUAGAAGAGCAGGCUGGAUGGAAUAGACAUACAUUUGCCUUGGAGUCAUCCUGGACUUCAGUUCGGGAGAUCGAAUUCCCCAAAGCAGAGCUCGUGGCACCAAAUGCUCCUCCAGUGAGGGUGACAGAGACUAUCAAGCCAAUUCAGAUCAUUACCACACCUUCUCAAAAGAAGAUAGUUGAUUUUGGCCAGAAUCUAGUCGGGCGAGUCCGCAUUCCAAGUCUGAAUAUUGGGAGCGGCGAUACCAUCGUUCUGACCCACGCCGAAGUUUUAGAAGAUCAGGAGCUGGGAACCCGUCCACUGCGUGUGGCAAAGUGCACUGAUAAGGUCACAUCUGCAGGCGAAGAGAUGGACUGGGCUCCUCAAUUCUCAUUCCAUGGUUUUCGAUAUGUACAAGUCGAACACUGGGAUCCAACUCUGGAUAACAUUGUUGCAGAGGUCAUGCACACAGAUCUCAAUCGCACUGGCUGGUUCAACUGCUCCCACCCCAUGAUCAAUCAGCUUCAUAAAAACGCUACAUGGUCUAUGCGAGGCAACUUCUUGUCCAUUCCCACCGACUGUCCUCAAAGAGAUGAGCGACUUGGUUGGACUGGGGAUAUUCAAGUUUUUGCACCUUCCGCUAGCUUUUUAUACAACACAUCCGGCAUGCUGGGCGACUGGCUCAAGGACCUUGCCCUGGAGCAGCUCGAAAACGCCAAUGCGAUCCCUCCUUUCGUCGUCCCCAGUGUGAUCUCUGAAGAACUUUGGCCCAUCUUCCCCCAAGCAAUCUGGGACGAUGUCACCAUCCUCCUUCCGUGGACUUUAUACCAAAAUUAUGGAGACCUUGACAUUCUUCGAAGACAAUAUCCCAGCAUGACAGGCUGGCUGGAUCGAGGAGUACAACGCGGCCCGGACCGUCUGUGGGAUGAUAGUCUUUUCCAGCUUGGAGACUGGCUCGACCCUACCGCACCGCCGGAUCAACCGGGCAAUGCACGGACAGACGGAACACUCGUGGCCGACGCAUACCUAGUGCACGUCACAAAAGUACUGGGAGAGAUUAGCGCACUUAUUGGGGAGUCAACGGACGCUGCUCGAUACAAUUCUGAGUAUCGUAAACUGAAACUCCGAUUUCAAGAGAAAUAUGUCUCUCCAGAAGGCUGGCUCGUUGGCGACACACAGACCGCGCUAGCGCUUGUGCUGGUAUUUGACCUUCUCGAUAAUCCAAACCAGGUAGUGGCAGCAGGUACACGCCUAGCACGAUCAGUGCGAAAAUCCAAGUUCCAGGUUUCAACAGGUUUCGCUGGUACACCACUGAUCACUCAUGCACUCACGAAAACCGGGUAUCCGCAAUUGGCAUAUCGUAUGCUUCAAGAAAAGAAUUGCCCAUCGUGGGUGUACCCGAUCACGAUGGGAGCCACGACCAUCUGGGAACGCUGGGAUAGCAUGCUCCCGGAUGGGUCAAUCAACCCAGGAGAAAUGACCAGCUUCAACCACUAUGCUUUGGGUUCAAUUAUCAACUGGUUGCACAAGACUGUUGCUGGUGUGAGUCCACUGGAGCCUGGGUGGCGACACAUUCUUGUGCAGCCUAUGCCUGGGGGCACAGUCACGUCGGCAGAGGCCAUUUAUGAGACCUCGUAUGGGCGUCUCGAGUGUAGAUGGGAGGUGAAGGAUGGAAGUGCUUUCCAUCUUGAGAUGAUCAUACCGCCGAAUUCGAAGGCUCGUGUCAUCCUACCGAGUCAGUCUGGAGAAGAGGAUGGUCAGUGGAUUGGAUCGGGAAAGUAUGAGUUUACAACGACAUUCCAAAGCCAGGCUGAUUGGCCUCCGAAGGCACUUUUGCCCCCUAUGUUUGAGUCCGAGGACAGCUUUGUUUAA